AUGUCGUCCGACGCUAAUUCGGCCGCUGCGUCUACCGCUGCCGCUGUUGCUACGUCUGCAGCCGUCGACCCUUCGACCAGCGCUGCCGAGGUCACCUCUGUGGCCGACACCACGUCCCAGCAGCCUGUGACGACGUCGCAGGAGCAGCAGCAGACCACCUCGCAAGAGCAGCAGCAGACCACCUCGCAAGAGCAGCAGCAGACCACUUCCGAGACCCCUUCGACCACUUCAGAGCAGCAGCAGACCACUUCUCAGGGGACCUCGGAGCCCGCAAGCACCAGCGUGGCCCCGAGUUCGACCGAUAACCCCUCGUCUGUCGUGUCUUCUUUGCCUGCCUCUUCUUCUUCUUCUUCAACCGCCGUUCUCCCCUCUUCCACUUCUUCAACCCCUGCCGCAGCCACGACAUCGGCCGCUGGCGUCACUUCCGCCGCGACCACCGAGUCGGCCCUCACAUCGAAUGUUGUGCCCUCGCAGGUCUCCGCCAGCACGAGCGCCAGCUCGGAAACCGUUGUUACCACCGGCACUGAUGGCAAGGUGUACACUGUGACCCGCGUCGUCGGCAGCACUGGCACGGCCGGUGUUUCUGGCUCGUCGUCGUCGAGCGGCUCGUCUGGAUUCUUUGAGAACACUGGCGCGGUGGCUGGUACUUUUGUGGCGGUCGGUCUUGUCGCGACUGCGGGUAUCGCUGCGUUCAUCUUCUUCAUGCUUCGCCGUCGCCGUCGCCAGCGUCUUGACCGCGACGUUGCCGCUGCCGCUGCCGCCGCCGCCGCGCAGCACCAGCCGCGCUUCGAGGACGACGACGAGCCCAACCACAUGGUGCAGUACGGUGGUUACUACCAGUCGCAGUCGAGCCACGACAUCGAGGGCCAGGAACCCGAGGGCAUGGGUGGCCGCCACUACGACUACGAGGACCCCACGGGUGGAUACGACACAUACGCCGCCAACCUCGUGGACGCGCCUCCUCACGGCCAAGACGGUGGCGACCGCUCGUCAACCUUCACCCAGGCUGGGAUGGCCGGCUUUGGUGCCCAGGCUGCGACCAACGGCUACAGCAAUGGCCAAUACACCGGCGCCUAUCCUGACCAGCAGCAGCACCAGCAGCAGCAGCAGCAGCAUAUGCCCGAGUACGGUGCCCCCGCCCCGGACUUUUCCCACUCGUACGGUGACCCCCAGUACGACGUUGCCCAUGUCUACGCUUCGCCCGACAUGGGUCUCUCGACCGUGCCCGAAAUGAGCGCCGAGGGCCACUCGGACACGGCGCACUACUACGGCCAGCAGGCCGCCGCUGCGUUUGGCAUGGCGCCCGCCCCUCACCCGUCCCAGCAGCCAGGGUUCAGCUACGCCGACGACCCGUACGGCGGGUACGAGAACGACCACCAGCCCCCGCAGCAGCACAACCCCCUCAGCCGUCUGGACAGCAACGGAUCUGUGCAGGCCUCUGUGCGCCGGGACCUGACCGUCUCAAACGUGUAA